CCAAGUAGGAUACCAACCAUGGAAAGUCACUCAUGCCAGAGUUUCAUGCAAACACAAAAUAUGGAAAUUUGACUUGCUGGAACACCAGCGCCUGCAAACUCUUCAUGCCCUGGGAUGCCAACCAAACUUCUGAGAAUCAAACUGAYUCCUGGAACAGGAUAAAAAGAAGGGGUCAUGAGGCAUGGCGAGAUAACCUGAACAAUUAGAAGGCCUGGAUAGAUGAACUGGCACGACAAAACUUCUCGUCGGACCACAGAUGGACAAUCUCAAAUCUACUGGCAACUAAAGACGGAUUGGUUGUGUGGGUUAAAAUAUUAGAAGGCCAUGAGACUAAAACGACUAAGUGCAACUGGAUACAGCCAGAGAGAGAACCACCCGAAUGGCACUGCGAUUGGGGAUGCAGGCCUCUGCUGGGCCUAGCGCACCAAGGAUACUGGCAAUAUGAAGCUGUAUUUCCAGCACCCUACAAACACAUAUUCUGCCCGGCCAUACUUCCAAAAUGGGAGUUUUGGGGACACUAUGACCUCAAAUGUGACAAAAUCCCAGUCACAAAUAGAACCAGAAUUAGACCACAAAGAAAGCAUCCGACAGCCUAUAAAAAAAUGGUACAGAAGGUCCCCAAGUACAAUUGGCAAUAUAACGGCGCACAAAGAGACUACCAAUGCAACGGAAAUUGAAGCACAAACCACUCCGGCCCCGGCCCAGGACCCAGAGAAAUACAACACCGUGGAUGAAUGCAUAGCAGACAUCACACGCCUCGACUCCUGUAUCUGGAACACGUGGGCAAAAUGUAAAGGCCAAAAGUUUUUACCCCUGGGUCCGCUGUGGUUCCAGACUUACUGUUAUACCAGCUACAGAUCAAUUUUCAGUCCUCACAGGGCUAUGCAUGAGGAAUGGCUAAACUUCACCUUCCCAUGGAUAUGGAUCAAAGAGAAUGUCGUCCACUAUGAAGGAGAUUUCCCGGAAGGGUCUACUAGGAACCGGGGAGAGUUUAAAGGCCUUUACCAGUCACACAUGUAUGUCCAAAAAUUGCCCACUGUCGAAGAGCUAAAAUCAAUACCCAAAGGAGAUUUUGACAAAAUAGACAAAUGUGUUGCUAGAAGAAUUUUACUCAGCCUCAAUGAUUCUGAAUGGGAAGGACAUGGGGCUUCCCCUAGAUGUAAACUGUGGCAGGUUGAUAUCUCCUUUGUGUCAACAUGGAGGUAUGACUGCACAGGCAUCCUGAAAUACAACAGCACCAAAGAACUGCUACAAGGAUGGGUCGAAGGACAUAGCAGAGAUAAAACUCGGACAUGGUGGGGAUUUCAAAGAGAAGAAAUGGAACAUUGGGUGAUCCCCUGCUUGUCCCAAUUCGACAAUUAUUGGGUAAAAUAUCAGUAUAUAGCAAUGGUGUACUCAAAAGAGCAUGAUAUAAGGUCCUCUAUAAUUUACAGACCGGACAGGUAUGUCAGCCCAAGACCAUGGAAAGUGACCUAUAUCAAAAGUGGGAACACUUGCACAGUAAGUCUAGCACGAAGAUCCUGCAGUGAACUACCAGGCUGGGAA